CUCGGCACGACGAGUCCCGGCAUGGCGCGGCCGCCCGGGCUCUGCGUGCUGGUCCUGCUGGCGCUGGGCGCCGGAGCGGGGGGCUCGGCUGCCUGCCGCGAUGCCCAGGGCCAGGCCCGCCGCUGCACGCCCGUCUUCGAGAACGCCGCAUUCGGCCGGGCCGCCCGGGCCACCAACACGUGCGGCUCGCCGCCCGAGGACUACUGCCUGCAGAUGGGCGCCCGCGAUGCCACCAAGCUGUGCCACCGCUGCGACGCCGGGGACCCCCGGCGCCACCACAACGCCUCGCUGCUCACCGACUUCCACAGCCAGGAGGAGAGCACCUGGUGGCAGAGCCAGUCCAUGGCCUUUGGCGUCCAGCACCCCAACUCCGUCAACAUCACCCUGCACCUGGGCAAAGCCUACGAGAUCACCUACGUGCGGCUGAAGUUUCACACCAGCCGCCCGGAGAGCUUCGCCAUCUACAAGCGCAGCCGCGCCGACGGGCCCUGGCUGCCCUACCAGUACUACAGCGCGUCCUGCGAGAAGACCUACGGCAAGCGGCCGCGGCAGCACCUGAGGCCGGGCGAGGACGAGCAGGUCGCCUUCUGCACCGACGAGUUCAGCGACAUCUCCCCGCUGAGCGGGGGCAACGUGGCCUUCUCCACGCUGGAGGGCCGCCCCAGCGCCUACAACUUCGACGGGAGCCCGGCUCUGCAGGAGUGGGUGACGGUCACCGACCUGCUCAUCUCCUUGAACCGGCUCAACACUUUCGGGGAUGACAUCUUCAAGGACCCCAAGGUGCUGCAGUCGUACUACUACGCCAUCUCGGACUUCUCCGUCGGCGGCAGGUGUAAAUGCAACGGCCACGCCAGCCGCUGCGCUCGGGACGCGGCCGGGCAGCUGGCCUGCGUGUGCGAGCACAACACGGCGGGAGCCGACUGCGAGCGCUGCCAGCCCUUCUACCAGGACCGCCCGUGGGCCCGCGGCACCGCCGCCUCCGCCAACGAGUGUCUCCCUUGCAACUGCAGCGGCCGUGCGGACGAGUGCUUCUACGACUGGGAGCUGUACCGCAGCACCGGGCACGGGGGCCACUGCCUGCGCUGCCGCGACAACACCGCCGGCCCCCGCUGCGAGCGCUGCCGGCCCAACCACUACCGCCGCGACGAGCGGGACGCCUGCCAGCCCUGCCGCUGCAACGCCGCAGGCUCCCUGCAGCUCCAGUGCACCAGCUCGGGGGCCUGCGCCUGCAAAGCCCACGUGAGGGGCUGGAAGUGCGAGCGCUGCGAGGACGGCUUCCACGGCCUCGGCGAAGGCGGCUGCCGAGCCUGCACCUGCGACCCGGCGGGCAGCGUGGGCGCCUGCGACCCCGACACAGGGCACUGCCCCUGCAAGGAGGCGGUGGAGGGUCCCGCGUGCGACAGGUGCCGGCCGGGGUGGUUUAACCUGCAGCCCCACAACCCCGCUGGCUGCACCAGCUGCUUCUGCUACGGCCACUCCUCGGCAUGCACCGCGGCGGCCGGCUACGAGGAGACCCGCGUCCGCGCCGCCUUCGAGCAAGGGCUGGAGGGCUGGGCGGCCGCGGCACUAGACGGCACCGAGAUCCCGUUGCAUUGGGCUGACGGCGAGAUCUUCACCGAGUGGGACGGAGAGGAGCUGGUGGAUUUUCUUGCGCCAGAGAAGUUCCUGCAGAACCAGCGCCUCAGCUACGGGCAGCUCCUCUCCCUGCUGCUGGGCGCGGAGGGGAACGGGACCGGGGGACCCCUGCCCCGGGUGCAGCUGGUGCUGGAGGGCGAGGGCAUGGGGGUCGCGGUGCCGGCCAGCUCCUCUCCGGCCGGCAGCCAGAGCCAGCCCCGCCGGGGCAAGCAGGCCGUCACCUUCAGGCUUCACGAGGCAGAGGAGGGUGCGGAGCCUUCGCUGUCGGCCUUCAGCUUCCAGCGCCUGCUCUCCAACCUGACCGCCCUCCGGCUCCGCGUGAGCCGCGGCCCCCUGCAAGGCAGGCUGUCCCUGAGCGAGGUGCAGCUCACGUCCGCGCGCCCCGGCCCGGCCUCGUCGGCCGGCUGGGUGGAGGAGUGCGUCUGUCCCGCGGGCUACGCCGGGCAGUUCUGCGAGUCCUGCGCGCCGGGCUUCAAGCGGGAGGUGCCCUUCGGCGGGCCCUUCGUGGCCUGCGUGCCCUGCGCCUGCAACCGGCACGGCAGCUGCGACCCCCUCGCAGGGCACUGCCGCUGCUCGCACCACACCGAAGGGGCCUCCUGCGAGCGCUGCAGCCCCGGCUUCUACGGCAACGCCUCGGCGGGCCGCUCGGACGACUGCAAGCCGUGCCCCUGCCCCGGCCGCUCGCCCUGCGCCCAACUCCCCGGCAGCGGCGAGGUCGUGUGCACCGGCUGCCCGCCGGGCCAGAGAGGAAAGCGCUGCGAGCUGUGCGACGACGGCUUUUUCGGGGACCCGCUGGGGCAGAGGGGCCCCGCGCGUCCCUGCGCGCCCUGCCAGUGCCACGGCAACGUGGACCCCAACGCCGUGGGGAACUGCGACCCCGCGUCGGGCCGGUGCCUGCGCUGCCUGCACAACACGACGGGCGAGCGCUGCGAGCGGUGUCGGCGGCACUUCUACGGGGACGCGCUGGCGCCCGCGCCCGCUGCCAAGUGCAAGCCGUGUGACUGCAACCCCGCGGGCUCGGCCCCGGGCCAGGAGGGCUGCGAUGCCGCCACGGGCCAGUGCCGCUGCCUCCCGCACGUGGCGGGCAGGGACUGCGGGCUCUGCCAGCCGGGCUACCACGGCCUGCAGCCCGCCGUGGGCUGCAAGAGCUGCGAGUGCCACCCGGCAGGCUCGCGGGACGGCCGGUGCCACGCGCUCACGGGGCAGUGCUCCUGCCAGCCCGGCGCGGAGGGGACGCGCUGCGACCGCUGCCAGCACGGCUUCUUCGGCCUCUCCGCCGGCGGCUGCCGAGCCUGCAGCUGCUCCGCGCUGGGCUCGGCCACGCCGCAGUGCCGCGAGGACGGCGCCUGCGUCUGCCGCCCGGGCUUCGUGGGCCGCGAGUGCGAGCGGUGCCGGGCCAACUUCUUCCUCGACCCGCCGAGCUCCCGCUGCCGCGAGUGCCCGGCCUGCUACGGGCUGGUGCGGGACCAGGCCGAGCGGCUGAACGCCACGCUGCAGGAGAUGGAGGAACGGCUGCAACGAGCAGGCUGCGACGCCCGCGACGGCCGGUGCCCCGGGCUGGGAGAGGCGCCCCGGGCAGACGGGCCGGCCGGCCAGCACCUCCUGCGAGGUGCCCGGGCCGCCCUGGCCGAGCAGGUGGGGCGGCUGGCCGGCUCGCUGGGUGCCGCGCGGGGCCGCCUGGGCCGGGCCAGCGGGGCCGCCGGCUGCUCCAGCCACUCCGGCCGCGGUCCCGCCAAGACCUGCGCGCUGCUGUCGGAGAUCGGGGCGGCGCUGCGGUCAGCGCAGCGGGAGAUGCAGCGGGCUGCGGACGCGCUGGCUACCACGGAGAUUCCCCAGGAAAUCCCUCAGCUUCCCACGAACUGGAGCCGCCGGGCGCUGGAGGCCCGGGCGCUGGCCGAGAGCCACGGGGACGCCGCGGCGCGGGUGGAGUCCGCGGCGAGGGGAGCGCUGCGGGCCUCCGAGGCCGGCCGCGCGCUGCUGCAGAGCCUGCCGGAGGAGGCCGCGACGCUGGAGGCCCAGCGCGAGCUGGAGGCCAGGUACGAGGAGAUCCAGCGGGCGCAGGAGGAGCUGGGUGCUGGCGUGCUGGAGGCGGUGGCGGAGGCCGAGAGAGCUUUCACAGCCGUCCAGCAGGCAAACGCGGACGUGGCCAAGGAACUGCUGCCGGUGACCGCUGCGGGGCAGGCGCUGCUGGCCCGGGCCGGGGCCCUGACGCGGGAGCUGGCGGCGCUGGAGCAGGCGGCGGAGGCCGGAGAGCCGCUGGCCCGGCGGGCUGUCGAGGCUUCCCGCGCGCUGGCGGCCGAGCCGCGCCGGGAGCUGCAGAGGACGCGCGGCUUUGCGCAGCUGCGGGACAGGGCUGCCUCUGCCCGUGCCCAGGCCACCUCGGCGGUGUCGCGCGGCAAAGCUGUGCUCUCCGACGCAGAGUCCCUCCUGGCCAGCCUGGAAGGCACGCGGAGGGCGCUGGGGCGGCGGAAGGGCCAGGCUGCCCUGAGCAGGAGGAUGGUGCUCGUGCGGGACAGGGCGGUGGCGGAGGCCCGGAGGAAGACUAAACAGGCGGAGAAGAUGCUGGGGAACUCCUUGUCCGUCUCCACCACAGCCAGGAGGACGGCCGGGGAGGCCGAGCAAGUGGCCGGAGAGAGUGCUAAGAGGGCACAGGCUGUGCUGCAGCAGAGCAAGCAGACGCGCAAGCAGGCCAGCGAGCUCGCCGCGCGCACCAACGAGACCUGGCAGGAGCUCUCCAGACAGGAGCAUGUGGCUGAGAAGCUCAGGGGGGACCUGGAGGAAGCAGAGCAGGUGAGGACGGAAGCAAAUCAGAUGGCAAAAAGUCUCCAGGAAGCCCGGGGCUCGCUGCUCUCGGACAUCGAGACCCUGAACGACCUGCUCAGCAGCCUGGGCAACCUGGAGCAGGCCGCGCGCGCGGACGUCGUGCUGGACGCCGGCCGUCGGCAGCUGGAGCGCCUGCAGCUGCGCCUGGCCGAGCCGGGUGCCCUGGCCGGGCGGCUGGGCCGCCUGCAGCGGGAGGCGGAGCGGCAGCAGGAGAAAAUCCGGGCGUUCGAGAGCGACCUGGCCGAGAUCCGGGCCGACAAGCAGAACCUGGAGGCCAUUCUGCGGAGCCUGCCCGAGGGCUGCGCCAGCUGGCAGUGACAGGUCCCCCGCUGCCGCCCAAGCAGCCCCCAUCGCCUCCGUGCCCCCCCGCGCAAGGCACAGCAGAGCAAAGGACCCCCUGCAUCCACCGGCGUCGAACCCUCCCUCUGCUCUCCGCGCUGCUCUGCGCACGGCAUCGCACCCAGGUCCUUAGCUGCAUGGGUUCAGGCUCAGCGUCCCUCGCGCUCUGCGGCGUGAGCUCCAGCCACCAGCUCUGCUCCUCGGGUGGGUGGAACAACCAGCUACCAGGGUCCGACGUUUCUGUGCAGCAGACAGAGCUGCCACGGGGCUGCUCUCUGACCGUGCAGUUCCUCCGUGCUGGACACCCCCCCCGUGGUCCCACCACCCCCGUUGGUCCCUCCUGCCCAGGAGGAGAUGAGGGAGGCCACAGCGCACACGCGGAAGGCAGCCUCGCUGCACGGCACCCAGCCGCGAGAUGCUCACGUCACCACCACAGCCGCAGAGGUGCAGAGAUGCAUCCCGGUGCGGCUGGGCUGAGAGGCGCUCCCGGGAGCGCACGCAGCUCUCUGCUUCCUUGGCGGAAGGAAACUCACUGCAGGGAGGCUGAACUGGGCUGUGCCUAAGCAAAGCUGGGCCCUGAACCAGCUCUUGGUCACGCAGGUGGGGCAUCCUCUGCCCGUUGCAGCGUAACAGCAGCUCUGCUCUGGCUGUGCCUGUGCUCCAGGGUAGCACGGGGCUGUCAGAGCCCACAGCUUUGGUCUUGCUGACCUGUCCCAUCUCCCUUGGCUCAGGGCCUGGUGGAAGAGCAAUGCACCAGGCAGGGAGGCGGGAGGAAGGAGUGCCCCGGCGCUGAGCGCGGCAGCAGCGGGAGCAGAGCUGGGUCUGCAUCCAGCCCACCCUCCGCUGGCUCUGGCUCCGGCUCUGGGUAGCAGGGAGGUCGCUCGCCUCCGAUCAGAAAUGAGCCCCCGGGCUAGAGCACAGUUCACUUUUUAGCCUGUUUUUCCUGUGCUCGUUUGCCGUUCAGCGCUGGAAAUCAGGUUUGCUAAAGCCUUGUGUAACGCUGUCUGUAAAACUGCCGCCUUAGACGCUGGAGCCCCCCAGCCCUUCCCCUCUGGUCCGGCAGGAGUACGGGACUUUUCCUGAACGAGCCUAUUUUCCUCCUGCUUCCGCACAAACCCUGGACAAGGAGCGGGGGGCCGGAGCUGCAGCAGUGCGGGGGCACAGGGCAGGGGCUCCCCUCGGCUCCGCUUUGCCGAGCGGCGAGGGCAGGCGCAAGGCGGCUCGGCGGAGGGGCAGGGACCGCGGCCGCCUCCCGGCUCCCCGCGAAGGCAAUUAGACGUCUCCAACCUCGCUGCUGCUGCAGAAAUGUCAAGCCGUCGCUUUGUGGCUGCUGCCGGAGCUGCGGUUCCUCCUGCCUCUUGCUCUCUCUGGAACUGUUUUCUUAGCUGAUGCCACCUGCCGAGAGCUGUAUUCAUUAAAAAAAUCUUAAUA